UGCUCGGUCUCCUCCAUGCACGCGCUGAUUCAGCUUAUUCUAUGGCUGCCAUGGAAGACGUAGAAGCUACGCAAAUCGUGCUGCCGGAAUAUUUUGCAGAGUUUGAAAAAUAUAUGAAACUUUAUAGGCGAACAUGGACGAGUGUGCAUAAUGAGCUUCAACAAUCACUCAAGGAUGAGGCAAAUGAGCGCAGAAAAAUGGCACUGAAGCAAAUGAACAUGGACAUUGAAAAGAGAAGAAUGGAGGCUGAAACUGCUGCAAGCAGCAAGCACAAACUGGUUGCCAGGCAGGAGAUGGAGAAAAACAUCCGUGAACUGCGGAAGCUCCAGAUUGCAGACAGUACAACAGUUGAUGCUUUGAAGCCUUUGUGUAGUGACAAGACCACCGCGGAGAGUGAGGCACUAAGGAAACAAGGAAAGCUUCUGUCAAAAAUGCUAAGCCUGGAGCUUCUACACUGCCCGACAUCAGGGAUUCUUUCUGCAGUUUACAAGGCUGGUGACAAGUUGAUACCGCACCAUGUUGUCACAACUGGCAAGGACCCAUGUGAAAUUGCCGAUGAAUUGUGGAAGUUUGAUGAAGAUUGCAGCAUCAAGACAUGACUAUUCUUAAUGUACACACCUAAUGAACAAAGCUGCUUACUUUUUUUCCUUGCCAUGUGCU